AUGCCUGGUAUUGAUCCUGAGAUAGCUCAACACCAUAUUGACACUCAUGCUCACAUGGUACCCGUCAAGCAGAAAUUGAGACGUAUGAGAACCGAAUGGCUUCUAAAGAUCAAAGAAGAGGUUACCAAGCAAUUAAAGUACAUUAGCCGACUCAUUGCCAAACUCACUUCCACUUGUGAACCUAUCUUCAAGUUCCUAAGGAAGAAUGAACCCCAUGAGUGGAAUGAUGAAUGUCAGAAAGCUUUUGAGCUCAUUAAGGAGUAUCUUCUCCAUCCACCUAUCUUGGUACCCUCGAUGCAUGGGAAACCACUACUUCUUUAUCUCUUUAUCAUAGAGAAUGUGGUUGGAAGUAUGCUUGCACAUAAAGAUGAUGAUAAGAAUGAGAUAUACGCCGUACAGAAGUUGAGACACAUCAUCCUACCUUUCCAGAUAUGGGUAGUAGCUGGGAUGGAUCCAUUAACGUACUUGUUUGAGAAACCAACUUUGAGUGGAAGACUGUCGAGAUGGUUGAUCCUAUUAGCCGAAUUCGAUUUGAAGUAUGUAGUAAGGAAAACUAUCGAAGGUAGUAUCGUAUCAAAUUUUUGUUCCGAGAACCUUGUGGAAGGAGAGGAUGGUAGAGAAGACUUUCUUGAUGAGGAUAUUUUGGAUAUUGAGCUAGGGGCAUGGAAGAUGUAUUUCAAUGAAGCUGUGAACAAAUAUGGAAAUGGGAUAGGAGUACUCUUGGUCCCUCCCAAAGGAUAUCACAUACCUUUAGCAGUUAAGUUGAACUUUGAGGCAACCAAUAACAUGGCAGAAUAUGAGGCUUGUAUUGCUGAAAUGGAAGCUCUCUGA